CCUUGCACGCCUUAGACGCAUGCGCCAAUUACUUAUGCUUUGAUCAAAAUGCCUGAAAUGAGCCCAGGGAAAAUUUGAAAGAUUUAAGGAAGCAUGGCUGACGCAGCGCACCAGUCUCAGCUGAAAAACAGCAAGUACAAAAACUGGAUCAAGGCCGGUCUUGGUUUAAAGUAUGUUAAUGAAGGCCUGAAACCGUUCUGUGACGAUUUGAUUAGUCAACAGCACAUCGAUAUUUUAAAUAAGCUUAAACAGAGGCACAAUGUGACAAUUGUGAAAUGUGGUACAUGUCAAUGGCAAACCUUGCAGCCUGAUCAUGUCCAAACUAAAUCUAAACAGUGCCCUCUUGGUCAGGUUAAUUGUAACUGCCGACAUCCAGGCGGAAAAGUCGCUUGCCCAAACAACGUGUGUGGUGCCAUUUACGAUGAAAUAAUCAAAUUGCAUGCAUCAACGCCUCCAGCUCCCUACUGGAAGAAUACUGAUGCACAGCACUGGUGUACAGAUCAAUGGUCUAUCGCCAAAUGCUUUAUCAACGCCCCUGGGUACGCACAAAAGUUGCCGCCAGAGAUUGAUAGUUCAGGUUUACUGCAUAUUAUUAUAAACAACAAAGGUCUACACAGCCACAUCCAGUGUGUGUUAUCUGGCAAUGACGUCUUUUCUAAGGUACGUGAAUGUAGAAACACUCUGUUUCAUUGCAACGCUAUGGAAGUUGAAGACAGUGACAUGAACAUGUAUUUAGAUGAUAUGAUUGCUGUGCUUCAAGACGGAAAGGAACUCAUCAAAAGACAUGAAGCACAGGCCGGCGUCCAGAAAUUACUGGAGCUUAAAGGAAAAGAUUUUGUAAUUACAUCAACGGACGAAGAUGAAGUGAAAUCUGACAUGGCAACACUAAGUAAAAUGGAACAAGAACUUAAACUUAAACUAGAGACGGCAAAAAACGAAUUAGACUUAAAGGGAAGUGCAUUGGAAAAGAGGAUUGACCAGAGACUAAAGGAAGUGGAAAAUACGCUUGUCCGAAAAGAAAUUACUUUGGACAAUAAGUUUGAUGAAAAAGUAGUCAAUAUAGAAAAAAAUCUUGAACAAAAAGAGAAACAAACUGAAAUGAAACUUGAACAAAAAGGAAAUGAGAUAGAAGUGAAACUUAAAACCAAACAAACUGAAAUGGAAAAUAAGUUUUACACAAAGGGUAGUGAAAUUGAAAUGAAUCUUGAUACAAAAGCUAUUGAAAUUGAAAAGAACUUUGUCACGAAAAGUGACGAAAUUGAAAAGAAGUUCGACGCAAAAGAUAUUGAAAUUGAAAAGAAGUAUGACACGAAAGCGUCUGAAAUUGAAAAGAGUUUUGACAUAAAAAGUGUCGAAACUGAAAAGAAAUUUGACACGAAAGGUAAAGAAAUUGAAAAGAUGUUUGACGCCAAAGCUACUGAAAUUGAAAUGAAACUUUGUACCAAGACAACAAGAUUAGAAAAUGAGCUUGAGCAAAAAGCAAACGACAUUGAAAAUAAACUCUGUACUAAAGAAUCCGAAGUUGCUGAAAAGUUUGAAAAACAAGGCACAAAGGUGCUUAAAAGUAUAGACAAGAAAGAAACAGAAAUGGAAAAGAAUCUGGAAGAAAAAGAAGCUCAAAUAGAAAGAAAAUUUGACUAUAAAAUGAGGGAAGUUGAAAAUAGUCUUGAUAAGAAAGGAACUGAACUGAAGCAAAGGCAAAUAGAGAUAUCUGCAGAUAUGAAGAAUAUUAUAACUGUGGAAACAAUAUAUAAACGUAACAGAGAGGAAAAUAAAGCGCCGCGCAAAGAAACUGACAAGAACUUGCAGAAGGCAUAUAUGUACAGAGAAAAGAAAAAAGACUUUCAGAGAGAGAUGAUUCAACUGUAUAAAGAUUAUGUUGUGAAAGUAUCUGCGCUACCAAUACAACCGGAACGGAGAAUGACAACUAUCAACGAGGUAUAUGUUGAUCCAUGGCUAACUGUAAAAAAACAUAAGUCUUCAAAGGAGGAAACGGAAGUUACAAUUUCAAUGCCUGAAAUAUUCCGACAAGAAUGUAGGAGGAAAAAUAACAUAUACGUAGUAGGAGAAGCCGGGUCGGGAAAAAGCUGCUUCUGUAAGUGUCUAGUACAUAGCUGGUGCCUUGCACACUCUACUCAUAAAACGAAAUUAAAAGAUGAGCUAGCUAUAAUAGAAGAAAUGAAAAACUUUGAAUUCUUGUUUUACAUUACCUUGAGACAUAACACUGACUGCGACAGUGUUCACACGAUGUUGAGCAAACAGUAUAGCCACCACAUUCUUGAUACCGUCCUUUCAAACGAACCGGAAAACUGCCUCAUCAUACUAGACGGUUUAGAUGAAUGGUCGCAAGAGAAGCAAGUCUCACAAUUUCAGACUAAAGGACUGCCUACACGAGAUCUACGUAAGGGGUACACAGUAUUAACAACGUCUAGACCAUGGAAAUUUCACUCGCUGAAUAUACAUGAAAGAGAAAUACAUUUGAAAGUUGAUCUUAAAGGUAUACAUCCGGAUUCUAUCAAAAUAAUGACCAAAAAAUCGAUUAAAAUUUUGAACGCUUUUACAAGGAAGGAUAAAAGUGAAAUAGAUUUUGAAGAACGAUUAAAGAAAUGUUCUGUUUCCAGUAUAACCCAUAUACCUAUAAUUUUGCAACAGCUAAUAUGUCUUUGGUUUAAUGAUAAAUUUCAAGAAACAUCAAUGAUUGCCACGUAUACCAAUAUCCUGGAACUUAUUUUGCAAUGGACAAAAGCCAGAAGCGACGGAGACUACGAGCUUGACAGUAUUAGAAUACAGUCAAAAUCUUCGACGCAAGAGAAGGUGCCAGAGUAUUUGAACAAAUACGAAUUAUGUAAUGGCUACAGUUAUGCGAUACACCACUUAUCGCGAUUAGCUUUUGAAACUCUCUUUGGAAAGGAUAAAGAUCAGUCAUUGACGUUUAGAGAUGCAACGCUUCAGCGACAUAAUAUACCGGAUAUAUUGACUAACUUUGGUAUGAAAACAGGAAUUUUAGUUCAAGACAAGAGGAUACGUUUGAGUGAAAUAAGCAGCCCUGUCCGCUCAACAUAUUCGUUCCUCCAUAAGUCAGUGCAAGAAUACCUAGCAGCGGUACAUAUUGCAACGGAAUUCGAAGGAAUGACCGAAACUCCAUUAGCAGAAAAAUGCAAACGAUGUGCUAUGAAAUACCUUAAAACGUGUAGAACCGUCGAAGACAUUUUGGACAAAUCAAAUGUAUUUGUAAUGCUUUGUGGUUUAGAACCUUGUCUGAUCUCUCACAUAACUAUGUAUAUCUACAUCAUUGUUAAUACGGACCAACGUUUAUCGAAUUACAGGCAUUUGCAACCUGCCUUCCAUCCAGCUAGUCCGUAUAAACCAAUAGAGCUUUGGAAUGGUUGGAAAUUUUAUGAAAAAAUCCAGGAGUGUAUUGACAACUGCAUUAAAGAAUGUAAUUGCAAACCGUUUAAAUCCAGUAUUCACAUAAGAGAUAUUACUUCAAAUGACUUAUUGGUCGACAGAAACCUGUUUGGUUUAAAUGAACAGAUUGUUUGUGCAGACAAUGUCAGGUCUAUAAGCAUUAAUCUAUGCUGUUCAGAAAUGAAAGACCUUCCAACCAUUUAUCGUGUUGACUCUGACACAAUAUAUAAAGUAUUGAAACAUCUUACAGAAUUCGUAAAAUUGAAAGCAAUGGCAUGUCUUCAAACAGACCUAUUCCAAGAUGUUACAAUUAGGAAACAGCAUGAUGAAAAGGUGGCUGAAAUCUUAGUAAAAAAUUGGUCAACCCUUGAAAGUGUGGUUUUGAUAUCGCCAGGUGGAAGACUUGCCAAAUAUUUUGUGACAGUUUUUCCUAAAAUGCAUCAUAUUACUACUCUAAUUUUGGCGGAUACCUGGCUUAGUCAUAACGAUUGUUGUACUUUGAGCACCAUACUAACGGACUUUGUAAAGCUGCAGCAGCUAUCGCUCUCGGUAAAUUGUAGCAGGUGUGGUCAGCACGAAAUUGAUUUGUCAAAGCAUGUAAAGCUCCAAUAUGUUGAAAUAAAUAAUAGUUUCUUUGUAAGCAGUUUAAACACUAAUUUUCUUGAAAUAUGUUCGUUAUCAGUUAAUGUUCACAACGUCAUUCAUGUGUGUAAUGGUCUAAGAAAAGCAGAGAAACUGAAAAACAUCGCACUAGGGACCUAUGGGACUGAUUCUAUGAUAAACAGACAAAUGGUUAUGCUGUUGCCAUAUUUGACCAGUCCUAUCACUCUUUGCUUACACAACUUCACUUUUUGUACUGACACUAUCAUUGCACUUCCAUCUGAUAUGAACAAUCUUAAAGAAAUCGAACUUAUAUAUAUCGGAAUGGAUCUAAGAGUCUGGUGCAAGUUUAUAGACAGUCUUAUUGAAAUUCCACAUGCUGUACAUGUGUACACCAGCGGCAUAUUUAUUACAGAGUUAAAGAACGAAUGGAAGGCUAGAGUAAGUGCUAAUAAAGCAGCUCAUCGAUAUGUUAAAGAGAAAAUACCAUUCUACCGUAUGCCAAAAAAUUGGAGUGAGUUUUACUUUUGCUCAAAGGAAUUUUGAACUGGGCAGUUUUUUAAAAUGUUGCUGUAUGCCGACUGUAUCAUUUUAAAACACUAAAUAUUGUAUUUUGUUACUGUGCAACAGAUGUACUAAACAUUGAGGUCAAAUUCAAAAUUAGGCAUGUGUGAAGGCGUUCUUUCCAAUUAUGACGCAUUUUUAAUUGAACUGAAUCCUAUUAAUCAUCAUAACUAUUUCAUGUAAAACAAAGGACAUAAUUUUAAAUCAGUGUUAGAAAGCUUUUUCAGCUGGGAGCGUAUCCUAUUCACUGGACAACAACGGGCAACUUCUGUUUCUAUUGUAUUGUGUGUUUUGAUGAAAGUAAAAUAGUGAGUGAAAACGACAGUCUUAAUAAAGACCAACUGAAUAUUGCUUGGAAUAACAAGCUUAAUCUUAAUUAACAAAUCGUGUACUUUUGCAUUUAAAUACUUAAUACACAGCAACAUAUUAAGCUGUAAACAAGAAGAGAGAAACAGAUUUGUUAAAAAAAGAGAUAUGACAGUUUACUGUAAAAUGCAUCGAAAUAUUAAAAGGGUUUAUUGUAAAAUGCAUCGAAAUAUUAAAAGGGUUUAUUGUAAAAUGCAUCAAAAUAUUAAAAGGGUAUGGACUAAUAGUAUGUCACUCUUGAAUAACAUUUGCUGUAAAUAUGUCAGUCACUACACUCUGUUUAUGUUUAUUUCUGGUUAUGAUCAUUUAUUCCAAAUUUCAUGAUUUGAAUUUAUUGAAUCUUUGAGAAAUAAAGAAAGCCAGUGUUA